GGCUUGGGAGAAACCUGAAUAUUGUUGUGAUUUUUGGUGUGAGGGACCAUCGGUCACAAAGGCAGGCGUGUGUAGGUGCAAGAUAGAUCAGAGUAUCCCAGGGGACUGUCUGUCACUCUGUGUUAGGGCUGGUAUAGCGUCGGCCUGGAGGAGUUUACACUUGAUAACUAGUUGGCAAAGUCUAAGUAUAGAAUUCACACCCAAUCUUUGGUUUGUACCCUGCUUCUUAGCAGUGUGCCCGGAGGCUGGUACUCACGCCCUUGAGCCGCUCCAGCCAGCCUGCCAAUAUGAACUGGGGUUUAGUGCAAACAAGGAUUAAUUCAGGGCAGCCACUGGCCUGUGUGAUACAGGACGUUUCAGCAGAUGACCACAGGGGUCCCUGUGAGUCUGAAAGAAGUGGAAUUUGUCUCCUAAUGACUCAUGCUUUUGCUAUUGUAUUAUUAUGGUGGUGUCAUUUCCAGUAAGUCAGAUGCCAAAGGUCUCUCUGGCAGAUAACCGGCCGAUUCCCCCUGCAAACAACGCCCCCUUCCCCCAUGUGGCUGAGCUAUUGGCAGGAGAGGAGCUGUCUUUACAGGAAGUGCAGAGCUGAACCACUAGAGUUUUCCGAGUGACUGAGGCGGACUCAGCCCUGCCAGGAGCCAUCUGAGCCUUGCAGGGAUGGCGGGCAAGCACCAGAGUGAGGCAGGGGUGCCCAGGGAAAGGGAAGAGGAACAGGCUGAGUUUCAUACACUUGUCCAGGAGUUCCUGAACUACUUCUUGGGGGCCCACGUGUACCCCGAGCAAAGGGAACACCAGAGAAGGGAGGGGGAGCGCCGGCUGGUGCAAGCGCUGGUCGGCAGGAUCAUGGCUCAGGUGCACGAGUGCAACGUGGAGAUGUUCACUGGAAAAGCCAUCCUGGUGGGCAGCCAAGCCCAGCACCUCCACGUCCGGACAGAGUCCAGCAGCAGCGACUACGACUUCCUGGUCCCCAUCCAGUACAACACGAACCUGAUCCUUAUGGGCAGCCUGUACAGCAAACUCUACACCCCGAAAAGUCAUCUGCCCGCCUGGGAGAGCAUGGAGCCCGGGGUGCCGGUGUACCGCUGGGGGAACAAGGUGGUGGUGGAUUAUAACAAGCUGAUAAUGAGAGAUCUCUUGGAGAAGAAGACGGUGGACAUUGACCUCACAGAGGAAGACAUAAAAACAAUAAAUGACCGGCAGCUACGGCUUUGGAAGAAUAGCGUUAGUCCAUAUAGUGUAAUGACAGAAUUGUGGGAGUGUGUCCAGAAAGCUCUGACUGAAGAGCAAAGAAACCCUGCUCCUGGAAUUAGUAACAUUAGACUGGAGAACACUGUGGGUAUUACACCAAUUAGUCCAGCCGUGCAGCUCAGUGCAGUGGUGAACGGCCAAGCUGUGUCUAUAGACCUGGUGCCCACCAUCCGGAAUAAAGUGGACAUGUCCAUGGAUUGGCCGCAGCAGGAUCUGAGGUGGCUCUCCGACUGGUGGGACCGGGAGCAGGGCACUGAGCAGAGAAAACCCACCUGGAAUACCGAGGAAAUUUACAAAACUGGGACCGAUCUGGUGGCCAAGAAUUCGUACUGGAGGCUCACCUUCUCCCUGGCGGAGACCCAGUUCCUCAAGGACAUUGACGCCGAUGGUGGGUGCAGGCAGAAGGCGCUGCGGGUGCUGAAGCAAAUCAACAUGGAGAAGUGGGUACCGCACUACGGCAAAGUCCUGACCUCCUACCACCUGAAGAUGGUCCUGUUUUGGGCUUCCCACCUCAGCCCAGAGACAGAGAACUGGGCCAUGGAGCCGGAUGCUCUGGGGACGCUGCUGAAGGUGCUGGAGUUCUGCCUGGAGAAGAAACACCUGCCCAAUUACUUCCUGCCGUCCGUUAAUUUCUUCGACUGGCACCGGACUGAGGAGGAGAAUUCCCUGAGGAACCUGGUGCUGGAGGCGCUCAGACUGGAGGUGAGGCUGAUGAGAUGCAGCCCAGAACGGUACCUGCAGCUGUGCUACGACCUGGCCAAGCCCCAAGGCCCGGGACCCUUCGUCCAACGGGCGCGGGAGCUCGACGCCUUUAGAAGGGAGCAUCAGAACGACUUUGAAGAGUUCAAACACCUGAAGAUAUCUUUUGACACGAGCCUCUUCACGGAGCUGUGAGCAGCCUCCGCUCCCAACAGAGAUAGUUGGGCUUUUAUCUGAACUGACAGACCCCAGUGGGUCUGCACUUGCUCUGCAUUUACACUGGGGGAACGGAUCUUUUACUUCAAACCCUUGAGAUACGGAACAAUAAAUAGUCUCAAGUUCUUUUCAUAGGUCUUCUGGGUUUUGUGAGAGUCGGGCUCACAUGGGGUGACUCUGGCAUGAGCCCAGCAUCCCCGAGAUCAGAAUCCAGCCCUGAUCUCAUUGCAAUCAGGGGUGACUCCAGAUUGACCCGGGGGGGGCUGAGAUCAGAAUCCAGCCCUGAUCUCAUUGCAAUCAGGGGUGACUCCAGAUUCACCCUGGGGGGGCUGAGAUCAGAAUCCAGCCCUGAUCUCAUUGCAAUCAGGGGUGACUCCAGAUUGACCCUGGGGGGGCUGAGAUCAGACCCCCGUCAGUGGAAAUAAGACGAGCCAAUGGCUGGAAGUUGAAGCUGGGCAGGUUUAGACUUGAAAUAAAGGGCAGAUUGUUAACAAGUGAUGGUAAUUAACUGUUGGAACAACUUAGAGCUUCAUCGAUUCUAAGCUUCAUUGUGAUCAUGUAUUCUGACCGCCUGUAUAACACGGGCCAAAAUCAUUCCUGGAGCAGAUCUUUGAGAAAAACCUUCAGUCUUGAUUUUAAAAUUGUCAGAAUUUGUCUCGUCUCAACUUCCAGCCUUUGGCUUGUGUUAGACCUUUCUCGGCUACACUGAAGAGCUGAUUAUUAAAUACUUUCCCCCCAUGUAGCUACUUACAGACUGUGAUCAAGUCACCCCUUCACCGUCUUGUGAAGCUAAGUAGACUGAGCUCUUUGAGUCUGUCACUAGACAGCAGAUUUUCUAGCUAUUUCCUUAAUCAUUCUCGCGCCUCUUCUCUGAACCCUCUGCAAUUUAUCACCAGCCCCCUUGAAUGGUGGGCACCAGAACUGGACUCAGGAUUCCAGCAGCGCUGACACCAGGGCCAAAUACAGAGGUCAAAUAACCUCUCUGCUCCCACGUGCGAUUCCCCUGUUUCUGCUUCCCAGGAGCGAGUCCCCCAGCCUGUCAUUUGAGCAUUGGCCUGCUAAACCCAGGGUUGUGAGUUCAAUCCUUGAGGGGGCCACUUAGGGUCAUUUAUAAAGAUGUUAAAUAGCAUGGGGCUAAGAACCGUCCCUGCGGCACACCACUGGAAACGGAUGCGUUUGAUGACGAUUCCCCAUUUGCAGUUACAUUUUCAGACGGCGUAACCUCAUGGCCACCGAACUGCAGCCACUGUCAGACAUUACUGUGUCAGGUAGACCAUGUCUAGCAAAAACAGAUUUGAUAUGCGCCAUGAGCCGUUUAGUUCUAGUGUCUUCUCGUAAGGUUAUCUCGGGGAGGUGAGAAUUAUAGUCUAGGACAAGUACACGGUUUUUUCCAGCCAGUGUAAACACAUCUAGGCUUCCUUUGCUCCAGGGGGCCAAUUUUUUCCUGUGCCACCAACACGGGCUCUUUUGCUUGACUUGGCCUGUAUUUUUGGCACAUAGAGCAACUCUGGACAGUUUCCUCAACGUCGCUGUUCAUGUGAGGCCGGCAUAAAAGGGCUCUGGCCUUCAUCUGAGGUUUUUCAAUCCCCAACUGAUCUUCAUGUCUCCUUUUUAAUGUAUUUUUCUGUAACGCCUUUAACAAAAUGCCGCCUAGUGCGGAGAGCUCCCCUUGUAUUGAUAACAGGGGCUGGGAACCUGCUGUCCCACGCCCUGUGCUAACAGCCUCCGUUACCUUCGGCAGGGUUUCAUCCCGAGCAGUAGCUCUGGCAAUCGCCGUCCGCAUUUUGUCUGAGACCGGACGGGAUUUUUAAAUUUCUGAGUGACGGACAAAAUCUAACUCUGAACUUUGCUCCACCGCACUUGUGUUCAGUGCUCCAGCGAGUGUGUUUCCAACCAGCCAGCCUCUCCCACGUUUGGAAGCAAUUGGCAAAGGAUACAUUUGGAACUGAAAAUAUAGUCUCUGUAUUCUGGGGGGCAGGGGGGCUGGCAGUGGCAAUGGUCAGUUUCAGCUACGUGGUCUUCCCAUAAAUAAAGACAUGAAAUUCUUUUACACCCCUGAA